AUGCAGCACCCGCUGGAAUUGGGCGCCGCGCGCUACUUCCCGGCCGAAGCCUUCCCCGACCACCGCUCCCACCGCUACCGCAGCUUCAUGAUCGAGGAGAUCCUCACCGACCCCCCGGACGCCAAGGGGGCCGCGCCGGCCGGGGAGCUGCUCAAGUUCGGGGUGCAGGCGCUGCUCUCCGCCCGGCCCUACCACAACCACCUCGCCGUGCUGAAGGCGGAGCCGGCCGCCGUGUUUAAGUUCCCGCUGGCUCCCCUGGGCUGCUCGGGGCUGGGCUCGGCGCUGCUGGCCGCCGGCUCGGGGCUGCAGGGCGGCUCCGCCUCGCCGCAUCUGCCGCUGGAGCUGCACCUCCGCGGGAAGCUGGAGCCGGGCCCCCCGGAGCCGGGCAAGGCCAAGAAGGGCCGCCGCAGCCGCACCGUGUUCACCGAGCUGCAGCUCAUGGGGCUGGAGAAGCGCUUCGAGAAGCAGAAAUACCUCUCCACGCCCGACAGAAUAGACCUGGCCGAAUCGCUGGGGCUCAGCCAGCUCCAGGUGAAAACCUGGUACCAGAACAGGCGCAUGAAAUGGAAGAAAAUAGUGUUGCAGGGGGGCGGCCUGGAGUCCCCCACCAAGCCCAAGGGCCGCCCGAAGAAGAACUCGAUCCCCAGCAGCGAGCAGCUCUCGGAGCAGGAGCGCGCCCGGGACGCCGAGAAGCCGCCCGAGAGCCUGGGCUCGCCGGCCGAGGUCAGCCAGGAGGAGUGA